GUGAGAUAAAGACGUGAACAUGUUCUUAUAAUAACAGAAAUAGAGUGAGUGGUUUACACAGCAACAUAAGCUUGUCAAUAUGUUGGUAACGUGGAGCUGUCUCUCUCGGUGUCUCUCUCUCUCUCUCUCUCUCACUCUGUCUCUCUCUCUCUCUCUGCAGUGUUGAAGGAUGGAUCAGGAACCUCUUUGUCCGAACUCGUCAGAAGGCGGUGAGUCCACCGGUGACACCAGCCCUCAGGCGUCGUCCACAUCCACAUCGGACUCUACCACUCCCACCACCCCCACACCUCCACGCCUCACGCUCAACCCCAUGCUCCUGGACUCCUCGACAGCCGUGUCGGCACCCACCACGUCCUCCCCUCCUCCCCCUCUCACCCCUGCUCCCUCCGUCUCCACCACUCAUGGCACGAAGGCAACAGCAGCAGCAGCGGUGGCGUCUCCGCACAUCCUCGUCCCAGCACCGCCUAAACUCACCCCCACGGUGACCCCUGCCCUCAGAACAUACUCUCGCCCGAUCCUCCCCUUGCCCGGCGCCUCCAAACCACCUCCCACCACACAAACCUCUCCACUUCUCCCUCCGCCCGCCACUUCCUCCACUUCCUCCCCCCACGCUAUUGCCAGCAUGGCCUCCCCAGUUGUCUCCCCCCCACACACACACAGCUGCUGUCCCACCAUGUCAUCGAAGACCUCCACCAGCCUGACCAACGGGAACACCAGGCCUGUGUCCACGGCGACCUCCACGCCCAUCACGCCCUUUCACACACCAGCCAGUCCACCUGGCAGACAAGUAUCACAGUCUCACCCUGCAGGCUCACCUGGUCUUGUGCGGACCAAUCAGAGCCCGUCACCUGUCAGGCAGAGAGUAUCCCAGCAGACUUUGCUCCUAGGAAAAAGUCUCAAAGGGUCUGGCCAAGACCAGGUGCUGCUGAGAGCUCAGAUGCUGAUUCUCACAUCUGCUAUGCGACCUGCCUCCUCCUCCUCUUCCUCUUCUUCUUCCUCCUCCUCCUCCUCCCUGUCCUCUAACCCUGCUUCUGCUCAGCUCCACAGUCUCACCCUGAGACCUCCCCUCCCCCCUGGGACCCUCACCCUACCCCCCACCCCUCCUCAAGCCCCACCCGCCUCCCACCCCACUCCCUGCGCCCCUCCUCUCAGGCCGCGACCGCAGCCCAGCACCACGGCAACAGAGAGCCUGACCACGUCCACCCGCCACCUUUCUGUCCCGCCCCCAACUCUCUACUCUCCGGUGCGAGCAGUCCCUCUGAGGCCACGCCUCCACUCGCCAAACGGUCACAGAGCAGCGUCGCCACGGCAAACCUCCGCCCUCCAACCAAUCACUGCUGCCCUCUCCAGUCAGGCCACGCCCAUCGGCCGCCCCCUGGCCGGACUCAAGAACUGUCCGUUAUCUCAGACUGUGCACGGUGCAGGCCAAUCGCAGCACAGCGCGCUGACAGUAACCAAGCCUUCCUCGCACUUUGACCGGCCGCCAUCUGCUGCGAGGCAGCUGCAGAUCAUUGCUCUCUCCUCGGGUCAACGUCAGACUCAACCCGGAGCGUAUGCCCACGCCACGGUGCAGUCUCCGCCUCCGAUUCCAACACUACCGCCACCGCCGGUCGCCACAGAAUCUUCAGACAUUUCCAGACAAACAAAGCGGACGCUGAGCGCUGACAACAUUCCUCCUCUUCCUCUAAAUGCCUCGCUUCCAAAAAAGACGUCACCUCUGCAUACGCCGCUGCCGCUCCUGAGUCUAGCAACGCCCCCAGAACAUCAGAACAUACCACCGUCACAGAGAGGAGGAGACGCAAGGGAAAGCGAGGAGCAGAGAGGACGAACAGCGAGACAAGGAGCCAGAGAAGACGGGAGCGUUGCAAAAGACCUGAGGCUGGAGAGAGAUGACACGAGACUGCAGAGAGACGACCCGAGGCUGGAGAGAGACGGGCUGGAGAGAGACGACCCGAGGCUGCAGAGAGACGACCCGAGGCUGGAGAGAGACGACCCGAGGCUGCAGAGGGAUGACCAAAGAGACAAAGUCAAGGACGAGAGACGGUGGCGGGCGGAGGAGGAGGAGCAAAUGGAGGUGACGGAGGCCAGUCAGGCUCAGAGCGAGACAGGAGGAGGUGGAAUGGAGAAGAUAAAGGAAGAGGAAGCAGAGAGCGUCAUGGACCAGUCUGAGACGACCACCGUGGAUCAGGAUCUCCACCAGCACCACAACAUGGAUCCAGUUCCAACCGUUAAAGACUGCAACACAGAACACAAACCCAUCCAGUCCUCAGUUCCUGUCCUAGCACCAGUACAACCCUCUGUCCCCGUCCAAAUCUCUGCCCCAGUCCAGACUUCUGUUCCAGUCCAAACUUCCAUCACUGUCCAAACCUCUGUCCCAAUCCAGACUUCUAUCCCCAGCGCCUCUGUCCAGAGUCCGAGGCUGCUGGAGUGUCAUCGCGAGCUGCCCCCUGUUGGUCAGGAGGAUUUCUGUGAAAACAUGUCGAUCCAGUCUGACAACCAGUCAGCGCUGUCCAGCCUCUCCUCUCAGUCUCCACCCUCUUCGCCCGUCAUCACACCGUCGGUAGAACACACUCCUCCCCUCCGUCCCGCUCAGCCCGCCCACCUGACCAACCAUGGCCAAUCGCAGCACAAGCCUGAGGAAGUGGACACCGUGGUGGAGGAGGAGGAGUCGCGGUGUCUGACUGAGCCCGAGCUCCUCAGCCAAUCAGAGGACGAGUCUGAGAGCUUUGGCCAACUGCUGAGCAGCAACUGGGAGCCGAAGGCGUGGCCUGAGGGACGGGAAGUUCUGACUCACCUGGUGGAGGGUUUUGUCAUACAGGAAGGACUGCAGCCAUUUCCUGUGAACCGCUCGUCUCUGCUGGUUCCUGAACAGGUGACCUCGCCACAGGAAGUGAACGGGACUAAUGGCAGGGCGGAGCUACCUGUGACGGACGCCAUCAAACCAGCGGAGCCUUCGAGUGACUCAGACGAGGAGGAUGGAGGAGACACGGACGACCCCGGCACGAGGUCGGGUCACAGGGACCGAACGGUUCUGCACUGCCAGUUCUGUGGCAAGAGAGGCCACGCCCACAACUUCAUGCGGUCCAAACGCUUCUGCUCCACUUCCUGUGCACGCGGGUUCAACGUCCGUCUGACAAAGCGUCUGCGAGCUCUGAGCGCCGGCAGCCGCUCCGAGCGUCCGCGGCCGACCCUGAACAGAGCAGAGUCGGUGCCUGGGAAACCUCUGUUACUGCGGCUGCCUCGGGAUCUGUGGAGCGCUGGUCGGCGUGAGAAGGAGGGGAAGGAGAAAGUGGCGAUGGCAGAAGAGGAGGAGGACGAGGACAUGGAAGGAGGAGGGGAGGAGGAAGACGACGACGACAGAGGAGGAGGAGGGGAGGACCUGUCUCUGGCUGUGGUGGCGAGGAUGGAGCGACGCCCUCCUCACAGAGCGAGGAGGGCAUCUGCGCCCGCCAUGACCACCUCCACCACGUUUAAGCCCGCCCCCUCUCAGUGGAGUGUGGAGGACGUCACCGCCUUCAUACACACACUGCCAGGCUGCAGCGACGUGGCAGAGGCAUUUAGGCUGCAGGAGAUCGACGGCCAGGCUCUGCUGCUGCUGACCGAGGACCACCUGAUGACCAGCAUGAACAUCAAACUGGGCCCAGCGCUGAAGAUCUGUGCUCACAUCAACGCCCUGAAGAACCAGUGAGGGACAGACCAAGAAGACGGGAGACAAGGUUUUUACAAAGGAGAGGCAAUAAAGACACGUGAUGGACGUGAACACUGUCACUGAAGGAGAUUUUAUGAGAUUAUAAACGGAGGUGUGGCCUUAGAGGUGUUAGACAACGAAACCCGAGUGCAGAGGACGUCUCUGACCUCAGACUGUAGCAGGAGACCACCAGGGGGCAGUGUGGGUGUGGGUUUGUAUCUUUGUGUAUAUUUUCCAUGCGACAGGAGAGUGUACAUUUGAAGCUAUUUCAUGAAGGAUUUUCAACAUUUAAUAUAUAAAAACAAAAAAAUGGUCUAUUUAGUUUUUUUAGAGCGUGACGUCACUGACAGAUCUAUCAAAGUAGCUACAACAUAACCGGUGUGUGCGUGUGUGUGUACCAGAGAAAAGAAUCAUGACAUUAACGAUAAAUAAAAUGUAGAGUUUGUACGUGAUUAAUGAAAGUUUCAUGUUUUUUAUCCAUUAAUUCUGGACAGAAACUUAAAAAAAAAAUAAAUAAUGAAGUCACGAUCAGGGUUGAGGCUGUCGUCUUUAAUCAUCACAUUUUUAUGCUGUUCUGCUUGCAAAUUAUUUAAUAAAUGAAUAAUUAAUCAAA